AUUUCUUCAUCCCAUUUGCUGUUUCUCAACUCCGAUUUAUCAUCUUCUCUAUCCACUCGUUCGUCUGAUUCGUUUUCACUUCUUUUUCUUUUAAAAAACAGAAGAAAAUAAGCAAACAUGUUGGCAAUAUUCAACAAAGGCCUGGUGAAUCCGCCUCAGGAGCUGCUUAGUCCUGCUUCUUUAAGUUCGCUCAGAAAGCCAAAGCUCCCUGAAGAGACAUGCAAAGACUUUGUUGAGUCUCAUCCUUCAAACACAUUUCUAAUAAACUUUGCCAAUGCAGCUUCCCUUGCUUACGUUCCUCCCCAAAACCCUUACCCCACCUCAAGAAGGUACUUAAAUGGCAGGCUGUUUUGUGGGGUAGAUAACAUGUAUUGUAUAUUCAUGGGGAGCUUAAACAACUUAAGCAAUCUCAACAAACAGUAUGGAUUAUCAAAAGGAAGCAAUGAGGCGAUGCUUGUGAUUGAAGCAUACAGGACACUCCGUGAUCGCGGCCCUUACCCGGCCCAUCAGGUUCUGCAGGAUCUUGAUGGUAGCUUCGGCUUUGUGGUUUAUGACAACAAGGCUGGAAGCAUUUUUGCUGCACUGGGAGCAGAUGAAAAGGUGAGGCUCUUUUGGGGGAUUGCUGCGGAUGGAUCAGUUAUCAUUUCUGAUGACUUGGGUGUCAUAAAAGCAAGUUGUGAUAAAUCAUUUGCGCCAUUUCCAACUGGGUGCAUGUUCCACAGUGAGCAAGGGUUGAUGAGCUUUGAGCAUCCAAGGAGUCAGAUGAAGCCGAUGCCUAGAAUUGACAGUGAGGGAGUGAUCUGUGGGGCUUGUUUCCAGGCUGAUGUCCAAUCAAGGAUGACCACCAAUAUGCCACGUGUUGGAAGUGAAGCUAACUGGGCAUUGUCCGGCGGCUCAUAUGUCUGAGUUUGAGUUUGGAUUGUAAUUAACCGACAAAUCCUGUCUACUGCUUUGUCGUUUCAUGCUUUUGUUUUAACUUCUGCGAGUCUCGACCUGGACCUGCAAUCCUGUCUAAUCUUUGUCGUUUUAUGCUUUUGUUUUAUCUUCUGCGAGUCUCGACCUGGACCUGCAACUUGUACUCAAAUUAUUGACUAAUUAAUAUAAUGCAGCUUGUCUAAUUUACAAAA